AUGGAGCAGGCCGCUAAUGAUAUUCAUGAUGCUUCUGGUGAUGCUGAUGAUGUUGAUGAUUCUAAUGAUGAUGCUGAUAUUGAUGAUCAGGAUCAGCAGACUGGAUUUCCCAGAGGACCGACGGUGACACGUGUGUUGACACAAUAUGAGCAUCACGUGGCUCAGAUUCUAUGGGAAGGGGAGGAUCGUGGAUCAUUAAAAGUUAUUACUCACGGAUUGAAGCUGAAGAAGUUUACCGAAGUUCCUGUGCCAGAUCCUGUAGAGCAUUGGAUUCGGGAAUUUGGGCUGAUGCAUCUAUCUCCAGGCUACCUCACUAUGGCUGAUGCUGGUCUGAUAUCAGCAUUUGUUGAAAGAUGGCACAGAGAGACCAACUCAUUUCAUCUGCCAUUUGGAGAGAUGACUAUUACUUUAGACGACGUCGCGACUCUCCUUCACAUCUCACCACAUGGUAAAUUUUUUGAUGCACCUGUGAAUAUGAACACUAAUAAUGCUGCAAGAGCUGCACACGAGUACUUAGGUGCAACAUUGGAGGAAGCAUGUGCUGAAACUAGUAAUAAUAAAUGUGCCCAAUAUAGAUUGCAAUGGUUGCGUGAUUUAUAUAGCCGUCUCAUUCAAACUAACCAGUUUGAGUGUGCGGCUAGAACGUAUCUGUUGCAUUUAGUUGCCUGCACUAUUUUCGCCGAUAAAACACAUACGCGUGUUGAGGCUAAAUACAUUACUUUUUUUUUUAUUGAUUUACAUCGUUGUCGGGACUAUUCGUGGGCUUCCACGACAUUGGUUUUCCUUUAUGACAAUCUGGGAGAUGGAGCUGUCCACGACACUCGACAGUUGGGAGGUUAA